AUGGCACUACAGUUGUCGAAUAAGAAGACAAUUCGUUCUCUGGACGAGGAGCACGUGGAUUUUACCUGUAUAUGGAGUGCAGUUGACGAGCGCGAAAAAUGCAAACCCAAAUGUAAGCCUGGAUAUUUCGGGCUGUACGGGAUGAGGAAUUGUCACCCGUUGCUAACAUGUGAGGAGAUCGAGCAACUGAACACCUCUUCUGAAAUAGGACACCAGGGAUAUGUCAAAGAGGUUUGGCAGUCUAAUUGGAAUUCAUUUCCCGUGGUCGUCAAAAUCUUAAGGAGUCAUGAUAUUGCAGGAAUCAUUGCUAGACCCGGUUACUUCAGAGGAAUAAAUCUCAUGAAAAAUUCCCCCCAGCGUUCUGUCUUACUUCAGUUAGUGGGACAGUGUAACGACACCAUCGUCACAGAAAUCCAUCCGUUACUGGAUGCGCGAUAUCUGGAAACGCGACUUAAAGAGUAUCCCCAGUAUAAUACAUUGUCAACCAGAAUGAAAUUAUGUAUAAGCUACGUGGACAUCUUAAGAGUGCUGCACUCUGGCAUCGACAGGAGAAUAUAUGUUCAGUGUGAUGCGCGUUCUCUGAAUAAAUUGACAGGACAAUAUCUCCUAACAGAAGACUUCCGGUUGGUGCUCAGUGACGUAGAUUCCAUGGAGGCGAUAAAGUUUAACGAUUCAAGCAGACGGCUGAUUAAAUGUACGGACUGGGGGCAAGUGACCGGCUACUUUCCCGCCCCAGAGGAGCUAUGGCCUUACAAAGGGAGUUUCGACGCUUCUAAGAUGCCAUUGUAUGACGAAAAAAUUGAAAUUUGGAAAAUUCCAGAUGUCUGUUUGUCCUUUUUGGGAGAUGAUCAUUCUGCACUUAAGGUUAAACGUUCUCUAAAAGAAAUCCAUAAAUUGUGCAAGAACCCGAAUCCAAGGAAAAGACCGUCCGCCGCAGAAGUAUUACACGCCUACGUAAGGGUUUUACGUGACGUUAUAAAAAGUAAAGUGAAAAUAUCACUGUCACCGAUUGAUCAGGAUACAUAUGCUACGCAAUCAUUGUCUCAUUAAUUA